AUGCCAAUUCGAGUACCAAGGCACAUCGCUCGUUUCCUUGCUGAGCGUAUCAAAGCCCGACGCAAGCUUUUGGAAUCGGCUUUAUUAGAGCUCCAUGACAUAGAUAACAGGCUGAAAAUGGAGUUCCUCUCGCUCACUUCACUGGUGGAUGCAGAUAUUGAUGGCUUGGAUGUGGAUGAGAACGAAUCGGACCUAUUCGCUCCGUUAAUGCCCCCAGACGACGCUUUGCAAUCAACUUUCGGAAAGACCACAGCUGAUUUCGGGCCUUACGAAUUGAUCGACUUGGAUCAAGAGCUAGGUUUCGAUCAAUCAGCAAGUGAUAUUGAUUCCGACUUAUUUAUCGAACGGAUUGAGGAGCCCCCAGACUUAAAUUUUUCAGCCGCAGAGGCCUGCUCAACAAACUUGAGUUCCCCACCUUCUGACACAACUGCUUAUUUUGGUCGUAUAUUUCAAGAAAACUCACCGAUUGGUAUUUCUUCGGAGACUGACCUUCCAGUUCCCGAUACCAAAAGGCGCACGUCUAGAAAACGUCCACAGGCGGCUAAUUCUGAAGGCACCGUCCAUGAAGCUGAGGCUGUCUCACAUGUAAUCCUUUCUUGUUACUUCGCUAUGCCCAAACUGAAGACUGCCUCUACGUCAGUGAACCAGAACACAGAGCCCAUUUUAUCGCCUCCAGCAUUUAGUUCGACACCACAGAACAGCCAGUCAGCCCAGUUAUUCACACCGGAUGAUUUACGACGCCGGAGAGCGUUGAACACAACUCCAGAUUCUUCCUUAUCUUCCGUCCCUUCCGGCCGUACUCGCACUAAAUCGGCCACUUAUGGAAGUGGCGAUCAGUCCAGUCACGUCUCUCCUCCUUGGACUCGGCGGCAAUGGAAUCACGUGUACACUCGGUUGGAAAGUAACCGGUCGGAUAAUUCAGACACAGAUUUCCCCACUGAUGACGAUCUACCCUUCAACAAACUUGGAUCCUCGUUGACCCCACAAACCCAAUGGUCGCGCGUUUUUCAUUUCGUUCUUAUCAUCCUUCUCCCAUUAAUCUGUAGCAUCCCAUUUCUGGGCUUGUACCGAACCGCACCCGAGCUGUCCUCCACCGUGAUUCCUCUUCAUUCACUAACGGAUCAGCUUUCUCUGGAAUUUCCAAAUCAAACCAAACGAUUUUGGGCGCAGCUCCGAGCAGCCCUAGAACAACAGCAUCGGUUCUCAUGGUCUUCGGUCAUCUCUGAUGCGAAUGCGUUGAUGAUGCCGGCAAUAAUCCUAUUUGUCAACCGGGCGGCAGCCUCGUCGUUAGAUACCAACCCUGAAGCGAACGAUUUAUUUCAUCGUUUUAUUACACGUUUUGGAAUCGGUGCCAGUUCGAUUGCUUUACGCCAGAAACAUCCUUCGUGUCCAAGGGUAGACCCGAUGGAAACAGAGGACGACAGUCCAUUUGCAUCAGCCAAGGUAAAAAGUUCGGAUGCACUACUGAAGCUCCAUUUUGACGCUAAACUCAGACGGCUCUAUGACCAAGGCAUUCGUUGCUUUCAUUUUCCAUCCGUGGACCAACUGCCCCCUGAAGUUGUCAUACUGUUUCAUGGCGUUGCCGAUUCGCAGAACACAGUGUACAAAGACGCAUUGCUUCUUUUCAGCUUACAGACAACAUUUGACUUCGACACAUCAUCGGACUACACAGAGCAAGACGUCUCAAGUCACCGAAAAUUCGAGCGUCAAGUUCAACGUCAUUUGCGUGAAUUGUGGAAACCGAGCCUUGGUCUGGAAGAGACCGAUGCUUUAUUAUCCCGACUGACACCGAACGUUGCUGUGUUCCACACCACUCCAUAGCGGUAGGAACAUUUUUCAUUCCCUUCUUCCCCCGGUCCGAUGACCAAAAGUCCUUUGUUUUCCCUCAGAAAUGGAUGCCCAGAGAGCCACUGUUCUUAUACGCCGACAGAUUAUUUAAUUAAAUAAAUUU